UAUGGUUACUAAAGGGUCGAAGUCGAAAAAGCCUCCUCCUGAUACUCGUAAAAAGUCGACAGAAGGAGGCAGUUCGAAGCUAAUGAAAGAAUUACUAAAAGAUUAUGAUAUGCGUGCAGAGCUAUAUGAAACAUCGCCUUGCCUAGCUAUUAAAAAAACACUUAAAAAGGCAAUAGAGGAUGAACGACUCCUUACUAAAUUUAUAUUUGAUCCUCAAGAUAGGAAACAAGUAGAAUAUUGGGAUGAUGAAAAAUUUAUUAAGUACUUUAGUGGAGAAGUAGAAGAGCGUCCUCAAUCAGCUAAGCGUAAAAAGCAAAGGCCAAAAUCAUUUAAGGAUGAAAAACCUUUAGUCAAACUUCUUCCUUUGAUAGAAGCCAUUAGAGCCAAACGUUAUCUAAAUAUCCAUGAGAUUUUAGUUUGGGACGUGCAUUUAGAAGAUUCGGAUAUGUAUGCUUUGGCUGGACUUCUCUCUAAAUCAGUAUACCAGAUUUACAGGAUUGAGUUACUUGAUUGCUUUAUAGACGCAAAAUCUCUUUCAACAUUUGCUCCUUCUGUUGCACUUUCAAAAACCUUGCGCGAUCUGGUACUAGAUUUUAAUGGCUUUGGUGAUAAGGGAUGCAAAGUUCUAUGCACUUACCUUCUAACUUGCAAGUGGCUUGUCCAUCUUAGCCUAUGCUUUUGCGACUUAGGAAAACAAAGUGGAUUUUUUUUGGGAAAUCUUAUCGUGGAAACUCCGAUAAGGGAACUAUAUCUAGACGGUAAUUCGCUUGAGGCUGAGGGUAUUAUUGCACUGACAAGCAAUUUGGCUCUGGCAGCAGACAAUGAAGCUUUUGAAAGACAAGAAGAAGCCAGACUUAAACUUGAAGCGGCUGAGCGGGCGGCU